AUGAAUAAAAUAGUGAAGAAGCUACUGAAACGACAGCUUGACAAGGCCAAAGGAGCCUGGCCGAAGAAACUUCCAGAAGCAUUAUGGGCUAUCCGGACAUCCUACCGAACGGCAACUGGGGAAACACCCUUCUCUCUUGCCUUCGGUUCAGAAGCAGUGGUUCCUGUGAAGAUCGGAGAGUCCUCUUACCGAACAGAAACCCAUGCUCCGAAAGCAAAUGAGGAGGCACUUGCAUUAAGCCUUGACCUGAUCAAUGAACGCCGAGCACAGGCCAACCUUCGGAAUGAAGCCUACAAAUAG